AUCUGUGGACUCUACUGUCAAAGUGACGUGUGCCCUUCAACGAGUGUUUUUCUCAUUUCCCUCCCCACGUGAAGAUAUAUAAUCGUUGUGAAAUAAAUUGAAAUUCAAAGUUAAUCGCGCAUCUAACAAUCAUGGCAGUCCGUGUACAAUUCGAGAAUAACAAUGAAGUGGGGGUGUUUAGCAAAUUGACAAAUUCCUAUUGCCUCGUUGCUAUCGGAGGCUCAGAAAACUUCUACAGCGUGUUCGAAGCCGAGCUCGCAGAAACGAUUCCCGUGGUGCACGUCAGUAUCGCGGGAUGUCGUAUCAUCGGCCGGAUGACCGUAGCCAACAAGAACGGACUUCUGGUGCCAGCGGCGACCACCGACACAGAGUUGCAACACAUACGCAACAGUCUGCCGGACACAGUGAAGGUGCAGCGUGUAGAGGAGCGCCUCAGCGCGCUCGGAAACGUCAUAGCGUGCAACGACUAUGUGGCGCUCGUGCACCCCGACCUGGACCGCGACACAGAGGAAAUUCUCGCAGACACACUAAACGUAGAAGUGUUUCGGCAGUCUGUGGCCGGAAACGUUUUGGUCGGUUCAUACGCCGCGCUCAGUAAUCGCGGAGGCUUAGUUCACCCUAAAACUACCAUACAAGAUCAGGACGAGCUCUCAUCUCUCUUACAAGUUCCGUUAGUUGCGGGUACAGUGAACCGAGGCAGUGAUGUAGUAGCAGCGGGGAUGGUGGUUAACGAUUGGUGCGCGUUUUGUGGCAUGGACACUACGUCGACAGAGAUCUCAGUGAUUGAGAGUGUGUUCAAACUGAAUGAUGCCAAGCCUACAGCCAUCACCUCUACAAUGCGUGCCUCACUCAUUGACAGCAUGUCCUAGGACCUGCAGGAAAUGCAGCUAACUAUGAGGUCCACUUGUCAUUCAUAAAUAGCAAUGCCCUGCUAAGCCGAGUGUGGCGCUCUCUCAAAAGAAAAUGCAUUGCUAAUUUAUACUUUAGUUUCUAUAAUUGAGAGUUCCAUUUUCAAAAUCAUUUGUUUUUGAGAUAGCGCUUUUCGGCUUAGGAGGGCAGAUCAGUUCUGUUGUGUUUUGCAAAAAAAAGAUGCUUAUUGAAAGGUGUUCAAUAGAAGUGACCAAAAAUGUAAACAUUGUACAUAUAAGGCAUAACCUCAAUUUUGAUUUGAAUUGUUUAAA